GUAACAGCAGAUCUGUCCCCCAUUUACUGACCGAAAGCUCUGUGGAUUAUUGAGACCCCCCGUACUCAACGAACGUCUCAAACCACAAUCAUGGUCUCUCCAGAACCGAUCCGAUCUCGGGUCACGCCAUACUUGAUCUACCUCGUGUUUAUCACAACAUUAGGACCACUCCAAUUCGGUUAUCACCUGGCCGAACUUAAUGCCCCUCAGGCGGUGAUCACCUGCGAGCGGAAGAGCAUCCAUUCCUCCACCGAGGCACUCUCUCUACCACAAUGUAUCCCCAUGAACGCUUCGCAAUUCGGCCUGGUGUCGUCAAUCUACACCCUUGGUGGACUCUUAGGAGCCCUGCUGGCAGGGCCAGUUGCCACCAAACAUGGUCGCCUUUUUGCUCUGCGAGCAACCACGCUAUUCUUCAUCCUGGGCCCCGUGGCUGAAACAUGCGCAUCCAACAUUCCCCUUCUAAGUCUAGGCCGGCUGCUGUCCGGCAUUGGAGCAGGAGCUGCGAUUGUCGUUGGCCCCAUCUACAUUUCCGAGAUCGCUCCACCCAGCGCCAGAGGUUUCUUUGGUGCUUUCACGCAGGUCAUGACCAACGUCGGCAUCCUAUUAACCCAGUCCCUCGGAUACUUCCUAAGCGAGGGCAGCAAAUGGCGAUUCAUCCUCGCCAUUGCCGGCUUCAUCGGAGCCCUCCAGCUCCUCGGCCUCACCCUAGUCCCAGAAAGCCCCACCUGGCUCGCCGAGCACCAAAAGAGCAAUCUAGCCAGACAAGUCCUGCAACGGCUGCGCGGAAAGGACGCAGACAUCGAAGAAGAAAUCGAAGGAUGGCCAUCCUCAACAGCAGGACCAACCGAUGACAUCUCCGGCGAAGAGCAAUCGCUCCUCACGCCACCAUCCGGCAACAUGCCACCCAAACAACCCCCCGUCACCAUCUUCCACGCCAUCACUAACCCAACCUACCGACCAGCCAUCAUCGCCGUCGUCGGCGUCAUGAUCUCCCAACAAUUCACCGGCAUCAACAGCAUCAUCAUGUACAGCGUCUCCCUCUUACAAACCAUCCUCCCCACCACCGCCGCCCUCCUCACCGUCAUCAUCUCCGCCAUCAACCUCAUCAUCACCCUCGCCUGCUCCCCUCUCCCCGACAAAAUCGGCCGUCGAUCCUGCCUCCUCCUCAGCAUCACCGGCAUGGGAUUCAAUUCCAUGCUCCUAGCCCUAGCCAUCUACUUUAACCAAAAGGUCCUCUCCGCUAUCGCGGUCCUCCUCUUCGUCUCCUGCUUCGCCGUCGGUCUAGGCCCCGUCCCAUUCAUCCUCGCCUCGGAGCUCGUCGGCCCCGAAGCCGUCGGCGCCACGCAAAGCUGCGCCCUAGCUGCUAAUUGGAUCGCUACUUUCGUAGUAGCGCAGUUCUUCCCCAUGUUGAAUGAUGCCCUUGGCGGCCGUGGUAAGAUCUACUGGGUCUUCACGGGCAUGGCGUGUCUCCUUGGUGGGUUUAUCUAUUGGCGUGUUCCGGAGACGAAGGGGAAGGCUAGUGCGGAUGAGGUCUGGGGAAGAGACGAUCAUCGACGACGGGACUAAUAUCAGAUUGUAGCUGUUGGGGUAUCUUGCAUAAUAUAUCUGUAUGGUC